UCUGGGGAAGUAGGUGACGCAAACCAUUACACAUCUAGACAUUGAGCAAUCUUUCUCAGUGUGCUCUCGUCAGCGAGUUAGCUUUCAUUGGCUGCUUAGAAAGGAUUUACAGUGGACUUUAUCAAUUAAGUAAAAGGGCAGGGUUUGAACAGCCAAUGACAGCUGAGCAGAGAUAGCUCAUGUGUGAGUGUCAGGCACCGGCAUUUCCAUUCCUCAUGCUCAAGCUUCUCUAGGAGGAUUGUUAAAGCUGUUCCCUGCUCAAGUGGCUGAGCACCAGGCUCCCUGUCAGAAUGCUCUGCCUCUGCCUCUAUGUGCCACUGAUGGGGGAGGCCCAGACAGAGUUCCAGUACUUUGAAUCUAAGGGGCUUCCAGCAGAACUUAAGUCCAUCUUCAAACUUAGUGUCUUUAUCCCUUCUCAGGAAUUUUCCACCUACCGACAAUGGAAGCAGAAAAUUGUGAAAGCUGGAGAUAAGGACCUUGAUGGGCAGCUGGACUUUGAGGAGUUUGUUCAUUAUCUUCAAGACCAUGAGAAGAAACUGAGGCUUGUCUUUAAGAGCUUGGACAAAAAGAAUGAUGGCCGCAUCGAUGCUCAGGAGAUCAUGCAGUCCCUGCGGGAUCUGGGGGUCAAGAUCUCUGAACAGCAGGCUGAAAAAAUUCUUAAGAGAAUACGAACGGGCCAUUUCUGGGGCCCUGUCACCUACAUGGACAAAAAUGGAACUAUGACAAUUGAUUGGAAUGAAUGGAGAGAUUAUCAUCUUUUACAUCCAGUCGAAAAUGUUCCUGAGAUCAUUCUGUACUGGAAGCAUUCCACGAUCUUUGAUGUGGGAGAGAACCUAACUGUCCCUGAUGAAUUCACUGUGGAAGAGAGGCAGACAGGGAUGUGGUGGAGACAUCUCGUAGCUGGAGGAGGAGCAGGGGCUGUAUCUAGGACCUGCACAGCUCCCCUGGACCGGCUGAAGGUGCUGAUGCAGGUCCAUGCUUCCCGAAGCAACAACAUGUGUAUUGUUGGAGGGUUCACACAGAUGAUUCGAGAAGGAGGGGCUAAAUCUCUCUGGCGGGGCAAUGGCAUCAAUGUCAUCAAAAUCGCCCCCGAAUCUGCUAUUAAAUUUAUGGCCUAUGAGCAGAUCAAGCGUCUUGUUGGUAGUGACCAAGAAACACUGAGGAUUCAUGAGAGGCUGGUGGCAGGCUCUCUGGCUGGAGCUAUUGCCCAGAGUAGCAUCUAUCCCAUGGAAGUCCUAAAGACAAGGAUGGCCCUUCGGAAAACAGGACAGUAUUCGGGCAUGUUGGAUUGUGCCAAGAAGAUUCUGUCCAAGGAGGGAAUGACAGCUUUCUACAAAGGCUAUAUCCCCAACAUGCUUGGAAUUAUUCCUUAUGCUGGAAUAGAUUUGGCUGUUUAUGAGACACUAAAAAAUACCUGGUUACAGCGAUAUGCAGUCAACAGUGCAGACCCUGGUGUAUUUGUCCUCUUAGCUUGUGGCACAAUAUCCAGUACUUGUGGACAGCUGGCUAGUUACCCUCUGGCUCUUGUGAGGACUCGGAUGCAAGCCCAGGCUUCAAUUGAGGGAGCCCCAGAAGUGACCAUGAGCAGCCUCUUCAAACAGAUCCUUCGGACAGAAGGAGCAUUUGGCCUGUAUAGAGGCUUGGCGCCCAACUUCAUGAAGGUGAUCCCAGCUGUGAGCAUCAGCUAUGUGGUUUAUGAGAACCUGAAGAUCACUUUAGGGGUGCAAUCUCGGUGACGGGCAGGUUGGCUCCAGACUGUUGGACUUAACGAUCUUGGGCCAAAGUCCCAGGAUAUAUAGCCAUCUCAUUCUGUGAAUGUGUCAACACUAAGCUGACUUAAGCCAAGCUGUGAAAACCCCAGAAUGUGUAUGACAGCUAUAAGAGACAGGGGGAAAGAGGUCUGAGCCUUUGGUCGACACAUCAGUCAGUCUCUUUGUAAACCCCUAAGAAAACUUCAUUUGUUCCCUACAAAGCCUUCCUCGGGGGCCUAGGGUGGGAACAGGACCUGGGGCUUUCAGGUAAGGAGAGAAGUGCUUCCUGCCAUGCCUGCUGAAAAAAAUAGGGGCUUGGGAACUGGCUUACUUCCACCAUCUUGCACUAAGCAACCAAGCUAUUUGUUCCAGAGGAUCUUAACCCUCUGGUUUGCUAAGGGUUUUCCCUUUUCAGUCUUUGCUCACUUCCUAUCUGCUGUUUUAAUUCUUAAAACACACUGUGGUGGGACAUUCAGUGUUCCCAGGUCAUACCUGUUUAUCAUGUAUGCUCCCAUGGUGAGAAGAGAUUUAAUCUUGAACUUCACAAAUAGCAUUUUCCAAUGUACAAAGCUGCCCUGGUUCCUGCAGGAAAGAGAAUGACCAACUUAUGUAUUUGCUAUAAGCAGAGCACCUGUCAUCCAGGAGAGAGACAGUGCAGUUCAUUGAAUAAUGAACUGGUGCCCUGCAUGUCCGUAUGCAUGGCAAGGGUAGGUAAGGUUAAUCCUUAUCUAUCUCAGCAGCCUCACAUCAUAAUGCAUGACUUCAUUGAGUAAUAUUGUUCGGCCCUUGGAACUGAAGGGCUUCUCCUCCCUACUCAGUGCCCUGAGGCACCCUGAACUGGCUCCCAGGCAGGGUCCAGACCAAGAGUCCACUCAGAGAUUAAGCCACUCUCCCGUGUAGGUGUCAGUCUGUUCCUCCGUCAGGAAAGGGACUCCUUGGCAUAUUUUUCAUUCCUGGUGAGAGUUAAAGGCUUUAAUUCUGGUGGAGUUAGUCAAGAAUAAGGGAUUUAGUUCACCAGAAAGAGAAAUAAAUAGGUGUGCAAAUUUCUCCUUUGCUUCUGUUAUGGAGUAGGAAGAAGAAGGGAGUGGUGGAAGCAUUAUUUCUCUGAUUUCAUUAAGGUCUGUUUGAGGACAGGUUUCUAAUCUUGAGAUUCUUGUCCAAUUCCUAAUUGGGGCAGAAAGGGAUCAGCCUCCCAUUCCACUGAAGCAAUGUAUUAUACUCUUAACGCAUAUUUAUUUUGUAUUUAUUUGAACAGAGUUAUGUCCUAACUAUUUUUAUAGAUGUGUUUAAUUAUUAGUCUGUCCUUCUUAGUUUUUUUUAUCCUUAUUUAUGUUCAUAGUUGAUCAUACCUUCUUGGCACUGUGCAGCAGCAGGAAAGCUAUGGGGAAGACCCUGGAUAGGCAUGUGAAAAGGGCCCCUUCAUUCCAUGUAGCCUUUGCUGCCUGCCUUAGGUCUACAAGAUCAAUCAGGAGAAAUUUCCUUCUAGGCUGGAGCCUGAGGAUUGGGGAGUGAGAGAAAUGGGAUCAUGGUGAGGAAGAGACUUGCCUUUGCUGGAAAGUCCAACCUUACUCUCCUGGAGCAGUGCAUGUGAUUCAAGAAGGGAUGAGGUUGUGUGAAUGAGAGACAAUUGGGGUUAAUGGGCACAAAAAUUUAUUUGGAGAGAGGGAGAGUGGGGAAGGAGAAAUCUCAGGGAUUUCCAAGAUGAAAAUCCAAAUAAUUUCCCAGAAUCAGGAAGAAUUUUUUCAAAAAUAUUAUUUCUGUUUGAAUCAAGUGGCUAUAAAGACCCAACUCUCCAGGUGCCUCUGGAAGAGGGAGGAGCCUUCUGGUAAAGGAGGGCUUGGUCCACUGGAUGGCUAAAUGGGAAUGGUUUUGCAGUUCAUCUGCCCCAUUGGAAAAAGGGGCCUGUCCCCUUUCCAUUCAGACUGACGUUCCCCACUUCUUGGAGCCAGGAGACCAGCUGCUUUUUGGAGCCUUGGGUCUUGCUGCUUCCUUUCUCCCCCUUCUUGAAAUAGUGGUUGUAAAUCAUUUGACUAGACAGUCACACUUUCAUUCCACCAGUAUGGCCUAAUGGGAAAAACACAGGAUGCAAAGAUCAAUGCAAAAUUACUGUCUUUUUAGUUAUAACUGGAAUUUGUCCAAAAGCAAAAUUAAGCAACCCAACAUGGAAGUUUUCACUUAGUACAGCCUUCUAAUAAAGUUAUUUCAAUGC